AAUGGGGCUUAGCUCGCAGAAGGGUGGUGGAUGAGACAACACAGACGGGAGGCGUAGAGCUACGGCACAGGCAACUUGAUGUCAUUUUAUCUUCGUGGAUUUCUUCCUGCUUGACCGCGAUCACGCACCAGCACAACUUGCCUGCUGUUUGAGAGAGCUCCGGCACCUGUAGGCGUUCUCUGCUGCGAGAGAGGGUUUUUUUUGUGUGUUGUUGUGAGAGCUUUUUCUUUAAAAAAAAAAUGAGUGCUACGUUCAGCAAUUUGGUGGCAACGGUAUUUCUGCUUCUGGCUUUGAGGGUGGAACAGAUUGCCGAGGCAUGUAGCUGUGCUCCAAUUCAUCCGCAGCAAGCUUUCUGUAAUGCAGAUGUAGUGAUCAGAGCAAAAGUCAUUACAAAUAAAGAAGUGAGUUCUGGGAAUGAUAUCUACGGAAAUCCCAUCCAGAAGAUCCAGUAUGAGAUCAAACAGAUUAAGAUGUUCAAAGGACCAGAAUACAAUAUUGAAUAUAUUUACACUGCCCCUUCAUCAGCAGUGUGUGGAGUCAUGCUCGAUACAAGUGGGAAGAAAGAAUAUCUAAUUACAGGCAAACUGGACAAGGAUGGAAAUAUGUUAAUCACGCUCUGUGAUUUUAUUUCCCAAUGGGACGUGCUAACUCCCACACAGAAGAAGGGCUUGAACCAGAGAUAUCAAUCAGAGUGUGAUUGUAAGAUUGUCAGGUGUCCGUCUGCCCCCUGCUACAUCACCUCUCGAAGCGAGUGCCUGUGGACAGACUGGGUGACUGACAAAAGAAUUCAAGGACGUCAGGCCAAGCACUAUGCUUGCAUUAAGAGGAGUGACGAUUCCUGUGCAUGGUACCGUGGUGUAACGCAACCCAAGAAAGAGUUUCUGGAUGCAGAAGAUCCAUAACUUUAUUUCAUCUAACUCUCCUUUCAUCAGAAAGUAAACACGAGAAAAAGUGUUGUCUAUAAUCUGAAAAAAAAUGUAACCCAAAUUUCUCUGUCCAGUAUAGCAGAUCUGUUUGCUUACUGUCUGGUGAUACCUGUACGUAAUAUGGCAUAUACUUAUAUUUCACAUUUGGCGUCAGCUGUGCAGUGACUGCAUUUCUCUGGCUAAAAAUAGAAAUGCACUUUUGUUUGUUACAGAAAGCUGCAGCGUUGAAAAUAUUUGGUACAAGUCUGAGUGUGUUUUUAAAGUGAGGAUUGACUCCUCAGUUUUGUAAGUAUUUUUACCCCUUUGAAGACGUAGAAUUAAGCAUUUGCAUUCAUGUCCAAAAAUGAUACUUUCCCCUCAUUUCAUUUUAGGAAAUGCUGUUUUUCUUUUCAGAUUCUGGACCAUUCUCGAACUAAUUUAAUACUCUUGUCACAAUAACUUAACAAUACUGCAGUUUUAGAUUUUGCAUGAUGGAAAUGUGUUGCAAGCUGAAAAUAAUAAUAAUCUACGCUGAGAGUCUUAAUAUUUAUUCCUUUUGCAAUGUAAUAACUUUCAUACUUCAAUUAUAGUUGUCACAAUAUUUAGUGAUUUUAAAGUUAACCCAAUAUGAGCCAUGAUAUUGAUUAUCAUUUAGGCCAUAAUUAUGUUCCGAUUUAUGAUAAUCUUUAAGUUUUUAAGUGCUUUUGUUCAUCAAGUUUUUUGUUUUGGGCAUGUAACUGCUACCCCUUUUACAUCUGGUAAUAUUUCACAGCCAGAUGCAGAGUAACAUUUGCAGAGUUAUCGCUUGGGUUUCUUAACGUAGUCAGAUAUCCCAAGGUGCUUCACAGAAAUAUUAUGAUUCAAAAUUUGACCAAAUAAGGAGAUAUUAGGAGAAGUGAACAAAAGCUUACUUUAAGGAGUUACUUUAAAGAGGAAGAUAAAUCUAGCAAGUGAAUACCAAAGCUUGGACCUCAGAAGAACAGUUCUCAAGUCAAAGUAAAUUUAUUGUCAAAGUAAAAUCUCCUUCCUUUCCCUCUCUAUUUAGUUAUGAUCUGGAACUGCAAUACAAUUAAAUAAACUACAAUGUUUGCAGUCAGAGUGAAAAGACGUCUAUCCAUCUGAGAUUUAACCUUGUGACUGGUAUAUAAUUACACUAUUUAAUAAGUGACUUCACCCAAUUGCUGAUAUGGUAUUUCCAUCUCUAGAUUUUUGAAUAAUAUGUAGUUGAUUAAAAUCAAAUCUGCAGUUGGAAAGGUAUGCGUAUUCUUUGGGUGCAGCGGUCUGAAGUUUUAUUGAGUUCUCGCAGCCAUUUGUUCUUUGACUCUUCAGUGUCCCAUGUAGGGGAGUCAUUAACAAUCUAAAUUUCUUCACACUCUCACUGAGGAUAUUCUCCAGCUUUUGCCUCUGGAGAACAGGGCUGCAUGAGGGACCAUUUCCUCUGAUGUGAGAAUCCAAAACAACAGACAACAAUCCUGAAUCUGAAAUCUGCUCCUUCAAAAGUGAACUUUGGAGGCAUUCCAUCACAGCCAGUAAUAAAUGUUUGGAAUUCUUUCUCCAAAAAGCUGUGUAUGUUAAAUCAGUUGAAUUUAUUUUUUAUUUUGAGCUGUUGUUCCAAGUACUUUUAUCUCCCCCCUUACCAAAUGAUUCAUAAUAUUUCAGUGAAUCGCAUGGCAUAAUAGGCUAAUUUUUGAAUGACUUACUUAAACCCACCCCUGCUGGGACAUAGGACGCUGACAGCAGCUCGCCAGUGUCAUCUGCUCUUGGCUAGCCCUCAAGCUGUCCCCAGGUGUAGCCUAUCUUUGAAGAUCCUUCCUUUCCCAGGAAUGAGGUGUAGGGAGGUUCUGCUGGCAUUUCUGUAGCUCCGGGUUUUUACGGGAUGGGUUUGCUAUCCCCAUGCCCAACCAUGCUUUGUGAACCAACAACUAUUUUAUACACAGUGCAGUGCUCCACAAGUUAUUGCAGUGUUAAUGGCAUUACAGCCAAGUUAAUUGUUGGAAUUGUCAAGACUCUCUGGCAGGGGUUCCCAGCCUAGGGUCCAUGGAUAAUGGUAAGGCUUCGUGGCUUAAAAAAGGUUGGGAGCUCCUACUAAGGUAAAUAGGAUUUUUUUUAAUGUGACCACCAUAAGAAAAAGAGUGGUAUUUCCAAAUCAGCCUGCCUGUUUUUAAGCUAUCAGAAACAAAGUGGUAUUUAAGGCAAUGGCAAGUGUUAGGUGUUUGCUGUAUGAAUAAGUUCAAAGGUAGAGUGCAAAAGUUAGAGAUCUGAAAUAAAAAUAAAUAAUUCUGGAAAGACGUGGAAGACUAGAGAGCGGCUCCUGUGCAGGAAGGAGCAAAGGGUUCACAGUUCUGUUCCAUCACACCCCCUUGAAUAAAAGUCCAACCUUUUCACAGACAUUUACUGAUCUGAUGGGAGCCCCUAUCAUGCCUGCCUUUAUAAUUGUGCAGUAGCAUUAUUUUCAGAAAAGCUAGAAAUUUUUAGAGAACUAGUGUUCUAUUGCAAAUUAAGUAUUGCCUCUUGAACUGCAGUAUUUAAUCAGUUCUCAGCAUUCUGCGUAUAUCACCAGUUGGAGGGAGAUUUUGACAUGAUGUUGGAUGCCAGUGGCGUUUUCAAUGGGGAGAAAUUCCAGUCAGGUCAGGAAGAUGGCCUUCAGGUCUGACCGAGUUAUGACAGGGAACAAGGCAUUCUCUGCAUUCCCAAGAAGCAGGUUGGCAUUUUAAAUCGGUUAGUAAAUCUGGAACCACUUUAUUUAACUCACAUUACAGACUUUAUUAUGUGAGGCAGAUUUUCCUAGGACACGCAAGUGAAUCACAGUGGUAUUUCCUUUGUUCAGGAGAGGAAACAUUAAGUUUUCCUGGAAAAAUCUUCUUACUUUCCAAACAGGCUCAGGAAUGAGACAACACAUCCCCUUGCACACCCAGAGCUUGUGAUUGGAGCUACUGUUCCUUCAAUCUGCUCCAAAUUAUUUUCCAUUCUGUCAUUAGUAUCUACAUAGUGAGCUUGUCAUUGGCUAAAAGACUCACACAAUUUCAACAAUAUGCAAGAAAAUACUGAGUUAUAGAUUUCCUUCCCAAAAAUUCACUUCCCACCACCAACCCCAUCCAUCUCCCACGUAACGCACACCAGUACAUGCCCUACUGUGUUGGAAGUGAGAUGUUAAAAAUUCAGUUUAGAGAAACAUAAAUAUAGCUGACUACCAUCAUAUUUUUCAAUGCCAGUUAUAUUAUUUAGAGGCAGACAAAUCAAAGCUUUAUAUAUAUUUAAAAAACAAACUGAUUUGAAACAUUGAAAUAUUCCCAAUGCACCACUAACACAGCUGCCUUGUAAAUACCUCGUGAAUAUUUCUUUCAUAAUUAACAAAUUCUUUAAGUAUUACCAAUAAUAAAGAUGAGCUUUAUUAACACAGUGGAUCGAAUGUCACAUACCAAAAGUUAUUUUUCUACAUUCUUGAAGUAUCUUUGUACUUAAUGCCCAAGCACUAAGAUUUGAUCUAUUUCUUCUGUAAUUCUUCAAAGUUUUAUUAAUAGAGUGUUUAACUUAUAAUUCUUUUAAAGCUAAGCCUUUUAAGUAAUGUGUUCAGAAAUUGCUGCCAUAAUUUAAGGCUUUGAUAUUUUGCGAUGAUUGUUAGAAGUUUAAAAAAGUCAGAGACUUGCAACUUGAUCUGUGAGCAUAUAAGAGGAUGAUGAGAAACAUUUGGCGCAUGUGUUACUCUGUAUAAUUCAUGUAGCAGAUUCCAUGUGGACUGAAUUCAUGGAAUAAAAACUGUAUUAUCAAAUAAAGAUUUAUUACUAUA